AUGAGUUCAUUCAAUCACCAGCUUAAACCCCAGAAUGGUAAUGAUCAAGAAGAUUUCUUGUUUGCCAUGGAACUCGUCACCGGUACAGUGCUCCCUAUGACCAUGAAAGCCGCCAUCGAGCUUGGCUUGCUAGAGAUCAUGGCAAAAGCUAGCCCAUCUCACCUCUCUUCUUCUGAGAUUGCUUCUCAUUUGCGGUCGAAGAACCAAGAUGCCCCAGUAGUAGUUGACAGGAUCCUACGCCUCCUUGCUUCUCACUCUAUCCUCACAUGUAAACUUGUCACCAACAAAGAUGGACAGGCCCAAAGACUCUAUGGUUUGGCACCAGUUUGCAGAUACUUUGUUCAAAAUGAAGAUGGAGUUUCUCUUGCUCCUUCCAUGCUCAUAGUUCAGGACAAAGCCUCUGUCGAUUGUUGGUAUGGAGACACUAAAGGCUCAGCGGGGCUUCAUGCCCCCUCCGACCCUAAUUUUUUGGGUUAA